AUUGCCGUUGAUGCUUUCUGCUACGCCCCUCACCCUGCCAUUUGUGUGUAUCUAUUGACGCACUUCCAUUCAGACCAUUAUGGAGGCCUCACCAAGAACUGGGACCACGGCUCGGUUAUCAUUGUGACGCCCAUAACGCGCAAUUUACUGGUUUACAAACUCGGGGUGAACCCCGACCUCCUGCUCAGUGUGGAUUAUAACCAGACAAUCGAGGUGCCUCACACCGAUCUCAAAAUAACCUGUCUCGACGCGAACCACUGUCCCGGAAGUGGCGUCUUUGUGAUCGAAUCGCCUGGGUUGCGGUACCUGCAUUGCGGAGACUGCCGAAUCAACAAGCCGAUGCUGGAGUCGCUGAUACAGAUCGGCCGUUUCCACAAGAUAUAUCUCGACACCACGUAUCUGAACCCGUUAUACAAUUUUCCCAAGCAGGAGAUAGUUAUAGACGAGUUAUGCAAGCUGUUGCAAAGCAAGAUGGAAACCAUGCAGUUUUCGCAGCAGCGGGUUAUAGACUUUUUCGUCGACCGCAAACCGCAAAAAUUUCUCAUCGUCAUUGGCACGUACCUCAUAGGCAAGGAGCGGCUUGCGAUCAAGCUGGCUGAGGCGCUGCAGACCAAGAUCUACUGCAACCAAGAGAAAAAAAACGUUCUCAGCCAAUUUGGUUGGCCACACUUGGAUAACCUACUAGACACGCAUAAGCCAGAAAACUGUCAGAUACAUCUCGCCCCACUCCCGAAGCUGAACAAGGACUAUCUCGCAGAGCAACUCAAAACGUACUCGCGCCAUUUCAAGGCUGCGAUCGGAAUCCGCCCCACAGGGUGGUCUGUGCGGUACGGAAAACCAGUACCUUCGCUGGACGCGAUGGUGGCCGCAGAGCCCCCGGAAAUGGUGUACGCGGCUAUCUCGAAGCACUUCGACCGGUUCCGCGAGGACAACAAGGCGCGCGUGCUGCAGAUCCCAUACUCAGAACACAGCUCAUAUAGGGAGUUAUUCUACUUUGCAAAUCUGCUCGAAUACGACGAGCUGGUUGCCACAGUGUCC